CUGUUGUUGGUUUGUCAGUCUCUCACUUCGUUCUGUUAACCUCCACCAAUAAUGAAUGGUCUGUGUUGUUUUCCCUCUGUUAAACAAGCAUGCUUUUCAGCUGACUGACCGAUGCAUGACCUCAGGAGAGCCAAUAGAAUGCUGCUGACGGGAUUCAAGCCAACUGAAAAACAUAUCAAUUGAUUGAAUGUCACAUCCAAACUCUUGUUAGCUCACACCUCUAUUCUGAAAGGCCUUUCUGCAUAAGAAGCACACUAGCCCCCUCUAAUGGAUCACGGUGGUAGUGCCUUUGACACAUCUGCCCACAAAAAAGGGCGGAGCUUGUUUCCACAUUCCAGCCGUAAUCCACUGGUACCCAAGCGAUUUAGGCUUCCUGGAUCAGGGGUAAAGAGGUCACUUCAGUCGCAGCAUGCUCUGUCCAAAAUUACCCACAGUGCCCUGGGUGGGGUGGGAGCGCUGGGUCAGAGCUUGAGGCAGUUCUUUCAGCCUCAUCGUAAAUACUUGCCCCGCCCACAUUCGUUUGACUCCUCCCACUGCUCCUCCUCUUUCUCGUUUGUUCCCCUUUGUGAGGACCCUAAAUGUGACCCCUUGGACCAAACCCUUGACCCUGAGAAUGACCUGCGCUUUGGUCCCGCCCCCUCUGCAGCUGCCAUUGGCGGACGUGGCAGUGCCCCGCCCACCGGCAUGAGGCGAGGCACCAGCCUGCAGAGCCGUCGGGCCAAAGUGGGCGGGACCGCGGUGGACCCGCCUUUGAGAGGAAGCCCCCUGAUCCUUCGCCAUGCCACCCAUGAUGCAGUGCUGCAGGCAGAGCACUCGCGCUCGUCCUCCUCCUCCGACACACCCAACAGCCCCGCCCUCUUGGACACGAGCCUUGGCUACCAGUCAACUGAGGAGGCAGAGAAGAUCGAGAGGUUGGAGGGCAGCCUCGCUCAGGCCGCAUUGGCUGCCUCAUGCGGCGCGGACGGCUCGCUGGUGGGGUCGGAGGAUGCAUCCCUUGACCCCCAGCGUACACGGCAGGCCAUCGCGCAGCUGCAGCAGAAGAUCCUGAAGCUGACAGAGCAGCUGCGCAUCGAGCAGACGGCGCGCGACGAGAAUGUGGCCGAGUAUCUCAAACUCGCCAACAACACCAAUGACAAGCAGCAAAGCUGCCGCAUCAAACAGGUUUUUGAAAAAAAGAACCAGAAGUCGGCGGCGAGCAUCGCGCAGCUGCAGCGCAAGCUUGAGCAUUACCACAGGAGGCUGCGUGAGGCCGAGCAUGGCGGAGCACCACGGCAGCCCAAGGACGUGCUGCGGGAUGUGCAGCAAGGCCUGCGGGGCGUGGGUGCCCGGGUGAUCACAGGUCUCAGCGAGGGUGUGGUGGACAGUGUCCGGGGCGGCCUGUCCAGCUUUUCGCAUGCCACACACUCUGCGGCUGGCGCCGUGGCCUCCAAGCCACGUGAGAUCGCUUCGCUCCUGCGCAACCGCUUCGGCAGCGCCGACAACAUCAGCACGCUGAAGGAUGGUGCCGAUGAAGCCUGCAGCCCACCCUCACACCUGCAGUCCAGCCCCAAGUUUGGCAGUGAAGAGGACUGCUCAAGCGCCACGUCAGGCUCAGCCGGAGCCAACAGUGUGACAGGGGCCCCCGGGGGUCCGCCGAGCUCUAAGGGAAACACGAUGGAGAGGGGACGUAGUGGGAGCCUGGAGAUGCUGCUGCAGGAGGUGCAGGAACUGAGGGAAGCCCAGGCACGGCUGGAGGAAACACUAGAUGGGCUGAAGAGUCACUACCAGAGAGACUAUUCGCUGGUGAUGCAGGCCCUGCAGGAAGAGCGCUUUAGGUGUGAGCGGUUGGAGGAACAGUUGAAUGACCUGACGGAGCUCCAUCAGAAUGAGAUUCUAAACCUGAAACAGGAGCUGGCCAGCAUGGAGGAGAAGAUCGCUUAUCAGUCGAACGAGAGAGCUCGAGACAUACAGGAGGCGCUGGAGGCGUGUCAGACGCGGAUCUCUAAGAUGGAGCUGCAGCAGCAGCAGCAGCAGGUGGUCCAGCUGGAGGGCUUGGAGAACGCCACGGCGCGCACUCUGCUCGGCAAACUCAUUAACGUGCUGCUCACGCUGAUGGCCGUCCUGCUGGUGUUCGUCUCCACGGUGGCCAACUGCGUGGUCCCCCUGAUGAAGACACGCAGCCGCUCCUUCUCCACCCUCCUCCUCCUCCUCCUCUUCGCCUUCCUCUGGAGAAACUGGGACACCCUCUCAGGACACACCCACCGCAUCCUGCACACGCCCAGAUGACCACACCCUCCUCACACCUCUCCAGCCAAUGGCAGUGUGGCAUGGCACUCCUCGCUGAGUGGGCUGGGAUGUUAAGAGAGAGGGGGCGGGGCAAAAAACUGUGAUUGAACUUUUUUAAGAAACAGGUGUACACGUUUACAUUUUCGAAGAAAAAAAAAGUAGUCUGCUUUUUCUCGUAGAACUGCUUUUAUUAUGACGUUAAUUAAUUAUAUUGAUAUUAUUCCAAUUUCUAAUAAUUAUUUUGUUUUUAUCAUAAUUUUAAUCAGUCUGAUGUAGCAUUAAGCUCCUGUUACUCUCUGAAACAGGUAAUGGGAAUCCAUUGGUGUCAUUGGAUGUUGGAACUCAGAGUUGCCUCCCCUGACACUGCCUUUAGUAGAUUUUUAGUGAAUCUGAUUGGCUGCCUUUAAAGGGGAGGUUUAUGCACUUUUAGCUGUGAAUGACAGCAGUGUUAGCCUACUCUGCCCUCACCUCGUUCACUGCACUGGAUCUGAAGAUAGAAGGAGAAGUCUUGUGUUGGAGGACUCACGUUUUUUAGGCAGAAUGGACUGACGGACAUACUUGAAGAGAGAGAGUGGUGCUUCGGGGACCUUUUGUGCUUCCAUACUGUUUCUAUUAGCAAUGAAAUACAACUUUCAGGAACUUUGUAAAGUGAGUGAAAUACUGAGGCUGUUAAAUGAAAGAUGACAUUGUCAAAUGAGGUUCGACCACUUUAGUGACUGGAGCCUGUUCACCAUGUGAUUUCCAAGAAAGACUUGACCCAGAAGGAGUGUUAGCAUUAACAAUGAGGAUGAGUUAAUCAUCGCAUCAAAAUCUCAGAACCUUAUUUUUCAGUUUUUCAGUCAUUUUUCCACAAUUUGAAAGCACCAACUGGCCUCCACGUUGUCUGAACAUUUCAUGAAAAAUGAACAGAAAUGGUCCAAAAUGACUUGCAAUAAAAUUUUUGUUGCAUUAACUUAGAUUAAAAGCUAGAAACAUUUCCUUCCUCUGUAAAGUUACCAUUUUGAGCGAUGAUAAGCAACAUUACAAUAACAGGAUUACUAUUAUGGGUACAAACAGUUUAAAAUGACCAUGUUAGUUACUCAAUGUGGAAAGUAUGAGUGGGGAAUUUUCUGUCUGCCACAAAUUUGACCCUCUGUUUGCUCUCUACAUGCCAGUGGAAGAGCCUUUAUUGAUUUUAAAUGGAGAUAAUUGUGUAUCCAUUAUCAUUGGUACACAGACCUAUCUUUCAUAGUAUUCGGGCUCCUGAGGUGUCUAGAUAAGAUGUCUAGACAAUGAUUUGAUUGUGUACAGUUAAUUUCAGUAAUCUAGUAAUUUAAAGUAGAAACCCUCUGGAUCUCUCUCUGAUGGUCCAGGUGGACAGGCUCUAGGCCCACUGCAAGAACAGUUUGACCUUAACCUGACCCCUGAGUGUGAAAGAGAAGAAGUGUGUUUGUGUAUGUAUGUGGAUGUAUGUACGUGUAGGCAUGCAUGCUAAACAACUCCAGUGCCUUCCGAUGUCUCUUUAUGUGUUUGAGACUUGUGUAAUAAAGAGCAUUCCUGCCUAGA